AUGGCGCUCUCAAACCCCGCCUCAGGUACCGCGUUGUCAGUGACCUCGACACCCGACGCCGAUCUCUCCAGCGCACUCGGUAUACUCGCGAUGCAAGACCCCUCCAUUCCGACACCCGGAGAGUGCCACAUCGAUAGAUGCGCCAUCGAGACCCUGAUACAAGUGGCCGAGAGUCUGGACAAUAAGGGUCUGUGUUCCUUAGCACGCGCCUCGAAGCGCUACACAGAGGCUGCGCAGGAUGUCCUCUACCGCGUUGUCGACCUUCGUUCAGACUACCCCAAUCGGGAACACAAGUCUACGUUUGACCGCCCCACCAAGUCUGGUCUCGCAGUAUUUCUCUGUACUAUCAAACAAAAGCCUCAUCUGGCUACCAAAGUGAAGGACUUGUGGUUCCUGCCACGUUCGAGAGUAGUCAAAGUGUGUGAGAAGAAACUCGCUUGCGAUCUCCUGGCUCGUCUUACCGAGUUGCGUUCUUUGACCAUCACCGCUUUGGACGACUGUCUCUGCUCUGUCGAAUUGGCCGGCGAGGACAUCUUCGAGGGACUCCCGACUCCCUUGCAAGAGCUUGCACUAAAGCGAACAUACGUUGCUCGCCACCCAACGUCAAAGCCCCUAAUAUCACAUCGCUCAAAAUCGAAGCUGCAAACGAAUCUUAUGACUACAAAUUCCGCGGAGCCGAAGCUUUUCUCGAUCUUCUUCCAAACGUCCAUACAUUGA